AGAAGUGUUAGUGUAUUCCCUUCGCUUCCCACACGGUCGUUAUUUCGUUGCCCCAUUCUCUGCGUGUGCCAAGAGCGUGAUCGUGGAUCACUAUAUAAACAAAAUGAUACACUUGGAAUAGCGUUUUCCUCUCUCUUCCUUGUUUGUUUCUCUCUCCACGAUGGAGCAGUCUCUGCUGAGAGGCGAAAGCAGUGACCAGAGCUACCGGCACCGGGGAAUAUUCCGCCGCUCCGAUGCUAUCACCCACGGCUCCAACUACGAGAAAGCCGCUGCGCUCGUCGAUCUGGCUGAAGACGGUGUUGGUAUCCCUGAGCAAAUUCUUGAUUCAUCAAACUUCCAAAGUUAUGCAAGAUUUUAUUUUAUAUUCACCAAAUGCAAUCUCAUCUGGUCUCUCAGUUAUUUUGCUUUGAUAGUCCUGAAUUUCCUGGAGAAACCUGUAUGGUGUAAAAAGCUUACCACAAAUUCUUGCAAUGAUAGAGAGUAUUUCUUUUUGGGACAAUUGCCGUAUCUGACUGAUGCAGAAUGUCUUAUUUAUGAGGGAAUAACUGUUGUUUUGCUAAUCGCACAUACGUUCUUCCCAUUGGCAUAUGAAGGAUCCCGUAUAUAUUGGAAAAAUAUCAUUAAUCAAUUGAAGGUUUUCUUUCUACUAGUUCUUGUCGCUGAUAUGCUGGUCUAUGCCCUUUAUUUGUCUCCACUGGCUUUUGAUUUUCUACCUUUCAGAAUUGCACCUUAUAUCAGGGUUGUUCUUUUCAUUAUGAAUAUUAGGGAGCUACGAGAAACUAUCGUUAUCUUGGCCGGGAUGCUUGAUACAUACUUAAAUAUCUUGGCUUUGUGGCUUCUAUUUCUUCUUUUUUCUAGUUGGGUGGCGUAUGUGUUUUUUGAGGAUACAAUACAGGGGAAAACAGUAUUCACUUCCUAUGGUACUACAUUUUAUCAGCUGUUUCUUUUAUUUACCACAUCCAAUAAUCCAGAUGUUUGGGUUCCUGCAUACAAGUCUUCCCGAUGGUAUUGCCUGUUUUUCGUACUCUUUGUGCUAGUGGGGGUGUACUUUGUUACAAACUUGAUCCUUGCUGUUGUUUAUGACAGUUUCAAGAAUGAGCUUGUAAAACAAGUUUUUGAGAUGGAUCGUAUGAGAAGAACCAUGUUGGAGAAAGCUUUUUAUCUCUUAGAUACACAUAAAGUUGGAUAUCUCAACAAAGAUCAAUGCAUUAGGCUCUUUGAGGAGUUGAACAAAUAUAGGACUUUGCCGAAAAUCUCCAGGGAGGAAUUUGAGUUAAUAUUUGAUGAGCUUGAUGAUAGUCAUGAUAUAAAGAUCAACAUGGAUGAAUUUGCUGAUAUUUGCAAUGCUAUUGCUUUAAAAUUUCAGAAGGAAGAUGUUAUGUCUUACUUUGACUAUUUAGCAUUCUACCAUUCACCCAGCUCAAAGAGAUUAAAAGCAUUUGUGAAGAGCCCUAUGUUUGGAUACCUGGUGUCCUUUGUUCUCAUACUUAAUCUGGUUGCUGUUAUUAUUGAGACAACGCUUGAUAUAGAAAACAAUUCUGCUCAAAUGGUGUGGCAAGUGGUUGAGUUUGUUUUUGGGUGGAUAUAUGUAGUAGAAAUGGUUUUAAAGAUUUAUUCAUAUGGAUUUGAGAACUAUUGGCGGGAUGGGCAAAAUCGCUUUGAUUUUAUUAUCACGGUGAUUAUUGCCAUUGGAGAAACUGUAACUUUUGCUUUACCUAAUGAUAAUCUUCCUUUUAUCUCAAAUGGAGAAUGGAUUCGAUACCUUCUUCUUGCAAGAAUGUUGAGACUAAUAAGGCUUCUAAUGCAUGUCAAGCGAUACCGAGCCUUCGUGGCAACUUUCUUGACUCUCAUACCAAGUUUGAUGCCAUACCUAGGGAUCAUAUUUUGUGUCUUAUGUAUUUAUUGCUCCCUUGGUGUACAGAUUUUUGGUGGAAUCGUUAAUGCUGGAAACCCUGAAUUGGAAUUUACAGAUCUUGCUGAGAAUGAAAAUCAGCUAUUUGGUUUUCAAUUUCAAUGAUUUCCCAAAUGGAAUGGUGACACUUUUCAAUUUUCUUGUCACGGCAACCUGAGAUGAAGUAAUGACGAUUAUUGCUUUUGUCUUGGAGGCAUUCUUUGCCGAAAUGGAUCUUGAGUCAUCAGAAACCUGUGAAGGAAAUGACAAGCAAGUUGAAGGAGAUAAAUACCGAAGGCGAUCUAUUGGCACAAAAUCACGAAGCCAGAGGGUUGAUGCUCUUCUUCACCAUAUGUUGAGUGCUGAGUUGUGUCAAACUCAGCCUUCCAAUACAUCAACUUGAUAAAAUCCUUUCGCAGAAACAGAAAGAGCGGAACGAGAUGGGAAGAAAUGCAAACAUACAGACUCAGGUGAAACAUGAUUUUCCCUUAUUUGUGGAAAACGCGCGUGGUCAAUCUGUUGAUUAGCAAGCUUGUGCUCCCCGGGGCUACUAGAUAUUUGUUAUUAUGUGUGUUGUAAUGGCAAUCUUUUAUUUAUUAUUAUUUAAAUCAUGCCUGGGUUUGAUUUUUGUAUUUAUACUAUUAAUACAGUUUGGUAGGAGUGCAAACUGUUUGUAGUUUAUCUUUCGUUCCAUUAAUGUAGUUCUUUGGUUUUUGUUUUU